CAAUCUGUGCUUAGUUCACCUUGCCAUCCUUACGAAUGGCCCAGUUUCUCGACUAAUUGCUGGCUGACAUUUACGUUGCUGGGCGCGCGCCAUGGAGGACGACGAUUUCGAGGAUCUCUACGGCGACGUCGGCACGGCGUCCGGCCCGCUGACCUCCACCGCCGCUCCCGCCGUCGUGAAAUCGGAGUACGACUACGGGCUGGGCGGCGACGACGACCUCGGGGAUGCCGACGACGAGGCGCUGCUCUACGGCUCGCCGCUCGCCGCUCCACCCGCUGCUGCGAUUUCCGUACCCGCAAAACCUGAGCCUGCCGAUCUGGUCGCACUGGCGUCGUCGACCCCCGCCUUACCCGAUGCGGAGCCGCCUAAGCCCGAAGCUGCGGCCCCUUCACCCACACCCAUCCCCGCCGCCGCCUCCGCACCGAUAGGCUCCCACGCCGUGCCCGCUUCCGCGGCAGCAUCGAUCCGCGCAGCUGCCGCCUCGCCGCCUGUUCCGGCCGAAGCCACGCCCGCCUCUAAUGCUGGAGAAGCUUAUAACGCGGAUAUCGGGACAGCGGUUGGUGGAUCGUCGAUCCCAUUGCAGACAGAUGGAGUGACGUCAGCGAGUGGCGAGGAGGACGAGGAGAACGAGGAGGACGAGUUGUAUAAUCAGCUGUAUGGCGGCGAGAAGGCACACGGCAUCGGAGGGCAAGGCCGGCCUGAUGAGCCGCUUGCAUUGCCGGGUGAUGCCGCCACGCCGGCCUCUGAUUCACAUGGCCGCUCUGCCGCUGCUGCUGCUCGGGCUGACGGGCCUGCUUCUGAAGCUGCUGCUGCUGUAACGAAUGUGCCUGUAGCGGGAGACGUUGAGGGGCAUAACGAAACGGAAGAUCUUUCUCGGGGGAUGAAGGGGGAGGGGGGAGAGGAUGCGGAAGCGAGGGGGGAGGAGGAGGGGCCAACGGAGGGCGGCGCAAGGGCGGAACCGCGGGAAUCAGCGCACAGUGAGGGGGAAGGUGGCGCAGGGGGGCUUAGGUUUGACGCGGAGAGAGUGAAGGGCGAGCAGAAGGCAGCAGGGGGGGAGGAAAAGGAGGAGGAGGAAGAAGACGAGGAUUUGGAGAAGUUUCUGUAUCGCGCUGGCGAUGGCUGCGGUGGGGGUGGUGGUGAUAUUGGUGGAGAGGACGGCGCGGAGGGCGAGCAGAGCGUGUUCCCCUUCGCGGAGCUGGAGGAGGAGGAAGAGCAGGGGGAGGAGGCGGGGGUGAAGGACGUGGGAAGGGAGAGGUACGAGGCCGACCAGGGGAAGGCAGGGGGGCGGCCAGAGGAGCGGCUAGAUGGGCGAGCCCAUGAGGAGGCGCGGCCAGGGGGCGAGGAGCGGGCAGCCAUGGAUGUUGACGGGGACGGGGACGGGAUGGGCGGGGAUAGAGAAAUGAGCGCGGAAGAGGAAAGGGGGAGUGCUGGAGGAGACGGGGAGACGGAGGUGGGGGAAGGGGCGGGCGGAGCAGAGGGGGAGGGAGAAGAGGAGGAGGAGGAGGAGGAGGAGGAGGAGGAGGAGGAGGAGGAGGAGGAGGAGGAGGAGAGUGAGGAUGAUGACGAUGACGAUCUGAUCAUUGUGGCCAAUGACCCUGUGCCACCUGUCGGCGAGUGGGACGAGGGGAUGGCGACGCCUGCAGGGCAGGGUGGGCCUGGAGCAGGGCGCGGCUAUCGAGUCACGCCGCCCUCUAAGGGCCAUUCCCCCAUGGACGGUGCAGCCUUGGGCGCAACUCCCCCCCCUGCCCCUGGUUCCGCCCCUGGCGCGCUUGCAGCAGGAGGGGGGCCAGGGGGAGCUGCGGGGCAGGGGGGAGGUUGGGGUGGGGGCAUGGGGGGGAGAAUGGGCGCAGGGGGGCCAUCAAUGGGGGGAGGGGGGGGGCAGGCGGGGCAGUACCAGCCGCAGCAGGGCGGGCAGGGGGGGCGGCCGCCUGCAGUGUGGCAGCAUGGGUCAGGGAGGGGGUACCACAUCGAGAUCAACCUGCCGCCCACCAAGACGGUGUUCGAUCUGGACAUCGACAGCCUCGAGGACAAGCCGUGGCGCCGCCCGGGCGCUGAUGUCAGCGACUACUUCAACUUUGACAUGAACGAGGGGCUGUGGCGCGACUACUGCCACCGCCUGGCCCAGUUGCGUCUGGAGGCGAGCAUGCAGAGCCGCAUCCCCGUGUUCGAGUCGCGCAUGGCCACUGAGGACAUCGACCCCGAGAUGCCGCCUGAGCUGGUGACAGCUGUCACGCACGCCAUGGGCAGCCGCCCGCACGCCGACGCCCUCUUCUUCGUCGAGCGCCGCCCCUCCUGGGAGACGCGCCGCCCGCGCCCUGUGGACGCUGACGUUAUCAUCGAGGUGCCGGUGGAGGGGCUGGCCAUGGAGCCCCCUCCGCCCCCCCACCUGCUACCCCCCGACGCCCCGCCCAUCCCUGCCGCUCCACACUCUGCGGGGCCCACUGCUGACGCUCGCAGGGGGAUGGGGGCAGCAGGGGGAGGCGCAGGGGGAAGCGGAGGGGCAGGGGGAGGACCUAGUGGCAGCGCAGGGGGAGGAGGUGGAGCAGGGGGUGGGAGGGGGAUGCAUGGGGAGGGGCAGGGAGGCAGGGCGCUGUCAGGGCAGCAGGGCGCGCCUGGGGGAGGGCCAGCUAGUUCAGGUGGCACCCCAGCUGUUUCUUCAGGUGCUGCUGCUGCUGCCGGGCCGCCCAGUUGCGCUGCCUCUGUGGAGGGUGCAUCAGGGGGGGCAGCAGGGGGAGCAGCAGGGGGGCUGCCUGGUGCUCUCCCCCCGCCUCCCCCCCUCCCCCGCGGGCAGCAUCCCCCCUUCCCGCCCAUGUUUCCUGGGGGACCAGAUGGCAUGGGCAUGGGGGCGGGGAUGGGCAUGGGGGGGAGGGGAGUGGGCAUGGGGCGCGGGGGAGUGGGCGGGUUUGGGAUGGAAGGGGGAGGAAGGGGACGCGGCAUGGGGCCUGGUCCCGGGCACAUGAUGAGGCCCGGCGCCCCCAUGGGGAUGGGGAUGAAGCCCGGCAUGCUGCCCCCGCACAUGCACCCCCACCCCAUGUUCCUGCGCAGCCCCCCUGCUGGCGCCGCUGGCCCCAUGGGCGGACCCAUGGGCGGAGGGAUGGGGGGAGGCAUGGGUGGAGGGCAGGCACGAGGAAGGUGGGAGGGUGAGAGGCACGAGGGAGAAGCGAGGGAAGGUAGGGAUGGAGGAGGCGAGAGGCGGAGGGGAGGGCGAUGGGGGAGGGAUGAGGCGGAGGAGGAGGAGGAUGGCGGGGGGGAUGCGGUGGACUACGGCAGCAUGUGGGACGACCACGAUGGCGAGGGGGCCGUGGGGCUGGAGGCGUACGAGGGGAAGGAGGUGGACGGGCAGGGUGGGGGGGAUGAGAGGGAGAGGGAUGAGAGGGGGGAGAGGAAGGGGAAGGGCAGGGGUGAAGUGGAAGGAGGAGACGGGCAGAGGGGCGGGCAUGCGAAGGAGGGGGAAGGGCGUGGUGACGAGGAGAUGGCGCAUGGGCAUGGGAAGGAGGGGCGUGGUGACGAGGACGCGCUCCAUGAGCUCCAUGAACGCCCUCCCACGCCGACUGCCGACUUUGAUGACGAUGAUGACGUGGCGGCGCCAGCUGGCAAGGGGCAGGAGACGGAGAGGGGUGAUGGGGAGGAAGACGUGAGGGGCAGAGCGAAGGAUGGGAAGGAUGGGAAAGAUGGGGAGGAUGGGGAGCAGCAGGGAGAGGGAGGGGCGAGGGAGGGGAAACGAGGUGGGGGGGGCAAGGAGCGCGGGGAGGAGAGGGGGCGAGGGGAGAGAGGGAGAGGUCGGGAGGAGGGCAAUGGGGCAGGGGAGGAGGUGGUGGAGGGAGGUGCGGGGGGGAGAGAGAAGGGUGGUUUGGAGGAGCGGGAGGAAGCGAGGGGAGGGGAGGAGGCAGCAGCAGGAGGGGGGGAGGAGGAAGAGGAGUAUGAGGAUGAGCUGGCCUUUGAGGGGGAGGACUUUGGAGAGAUGUAUGAGGAGGACGAGGAGGAGGAAGGAGGGGGUGAGGAGGGGAGUGAGAAAUGCAGGGAGGGCAGGGAGGGCAGGGAGGGUAGGGAGGGUAGGGAGGGUAGGGAGGGUAGGGAGGGUAGGGAUAGGGAGAGGGGCAGAUGGGUGAGGGAGAGGGGCAGCGAUGGAGCAGGCGGUCCCGAUGCUGCUGAUGCUGAUGCUGCCUCUGGCGUCGCCAGGCCAUUCUCCCCGAGAGGCCCGCCUCACCAGCACGAGGGCAGGUUCCAUGAAGGGGCGCGGUACGGGGGAGGCAGGGGCAGGGGCGGGCGAGGAGGGCCCUUGCCCCCAGGGCUUGCACACGCGUAUGGGGGGAGGCAUGGCCGGCAUGGGCGGGGGAGAUGGAUGGGCGGACGCAUGGGGCCCAGAGAUAUGGGCAUGGGCAUGGGCAUGGGGAUAGGUAUGGGGAUGCCGCCGGGGUUGGGGAUGGGCAUGGGUGGGCCAGGUCCGGGUGCAAGUGGAGCAGGUGGCAUGGUGAAGGGGGGAAGGAUGGUUGCAGGGAGUGCGGGGGGGAGGGAGAACUAUGGGUCCCCCAUGGGGUAUGGGCGAAUGGCUGUCGACGCACCACUUGGCAGGAUGGGAGUGGAUGGUGGAGGGUUCAGCAGGAGGGGAGGGGAGAUGCUGGGGCGAAGGCAGGAGGAGGUGAGGGACGGUGGGGUGGGGGUGGGAGAAAGGGCGGAGAAGGCAGUGGAGGGAGACGAGAGGAGGGGGGCAUGGCGAGAGGAGCGGGAGGAGAGGGGUGAGAGAGGUGAGAGGGUGAGGGAGAAGUGGAAGGAUGAGCGGGAGAAGGAGAGGGGCUUUAAGGAGGAGCGUGGAGGGAGUGUGGGUCCGGAACCAGAAAGGAGCGGGCGGAGCAGGGUGAAGGAAGAGAGAGGUGAGAGGAGGGAGAGGGGUGAGAGGAGAGAGAAGGACGAGAGGAGAGAGAAGGAUGAGAAGGUUGAUCGUGGUGGAAGGGGUGAUAAAGGGGAGAGGGGAGGGCGAGAGCGAGAGGAGAGGGAGGGAGGAGGGGAGAGGGCGAGUGAAGAGGGGUUGAGAGGCCGGGAAAGGCCGAAGCAGAAGGGAAGGGAGAGAGGAGGGGAGAGGGAGAGAGGAGGGGAGAGGGAGAGAGGGGAGAAGGAGAGGGAGCGGGAGAGGGGAAGGGAGAGGGCAACAAGUGUGGGUCAGGAGCGAGAGAGGGAGGCGGUGGGGAAGGGGGAGGAGAGGGCGGGGAUUAAAGGGGAGAGGGAGUGGAGGAGAGGCGAGAGAGAGGAGUGGAGAGGCAGUGAAGGAGUGGGGCGAGAGGGUAUUGGGCGAGAGGAGGUGGGGAAUGAGUUUAUGGGACGUGAAGGGAUGGGGCGCGAGGGUGCGGGCAAAGAGGGGCCAGUGGCAGACCUGAGAGUGAAGCUGCGUGAGGAGAAGGGCAAGGCGGGGCGAGGCAGGGAGAAGGAGGGCAGGGAGAAGGACGGGAGGGAGUGGGAGGGCGAGGAGCGGGAGGAGAGGGGCCGGGAGAAAGGGCGAGGGCGGGAGGAGAGGGAGAGGGGGAAGGAGAGGACGAAGGAGAGGGGGGGGGGAGGAGGAAUGGAGGGUCCAUUGGAGGAAGCAGGAGGGGAUAGGAGGAGGGGAGGGGAGUCACGAGGCGGGGAGAGAGGUGAUCGGCACGCGCACAGGGGCCCACCACCUGGGGAGGACGGCAGGAGACCAGGUACUGCCCCUCACUCCCCUUCUCCCGCUGCUGCAGACAGUGCUGCAGCUGCUGCUGCUGCUGGUGGCACUGCUAUGCGUCGCAGUGCUGUGCAGCGCACAGACGGGCAUCUGGUGGUGCAGGUGGGGGGAAGGGGGGCGGAAGGUGCGGCGGACAAGAGAGGGGGGGCGCACUGGCGGGACAGCCAGAGCCAGGGUCACCUGGUGGUGCACGUGGGGGGGGAAGGGGCAGAGGAUGGGCGUGGGGUGAGUGGUGGGGAGGAUAGUGGCGCUCAUGCUUAUGCUGGGGGGGGGGGCGGAGGAGGAGGGAGGAAGCGUAAGUCGAGUGAUGCAGGCACGGGGGAGGAGAGAUGCAGAGAGAGGGAGGGGGGAGGAGGAGUGGGGAGGGGGAGUGAGGAGGGGAACAUGCCAAGUGGUGCUGCUGGCGCUGGUACGCCAGAGGGAGCGCAAGGGGCGGCAGCAGGGGAGAGCAAGAUGGAGCGGCCGGCGCGCAAGAGACGGUGGGCAUGAGGGGGCGGUGGGGAGAUGAAGGGGAGUGAGGGGAGGGCGGGGCGAGGAAUGUGCAAGAGAAGCGGUGUGCGGUGAGGGAGGGAGGCGGCGAGGGGGUGGCGGGCAGGGAGGAGUGCUGGAGCAUGGCGGCUAAGAGGCUCUGCUUUGCUGUGGAGCUCUCCUGCGAGCGUGGUGACGGAUGGAGGCUGCUGCUGCUACAGGGGUGGACGUGCUGCCAGGGGGGCGAUGCACGCAGCAGAUUGCAGUGAUGAGCCGCCAGGGGGGAAUCUCACGAGGUGUCUUUCGAGCCAAGAUGGGCAUGGCUGCGUAGCGUACCGGGUGUGAAGGCAUGGCUGCCGCAGCGGGUGUGUGCAGCCACACAUGCCCACCUGUGUGCAUGCUUGCCGCGGCACACCCACUGCUCUUCACAUCCCCGUCAGCACCUGAGCAGACUAUGGCAGCGGCCGGGCAUGUGGUUGGUGCCAAGAAGGUGGGCAUGUGGUUGGUGCCAAGGAGACGUGCCUGUGUGCAAUUGUGGCAGGUGGGGAGUGCGCCAGGGCUGGAGGCCAUGCGGGGUGGAGGCCACAGUGCUGGCACGACUGCCCAAGGAGCCUGGUGGUGCUCGAGUUCUCUUCCCUUGAAUCAGGCUCCUCGGGAACAAGCUGCUUCUCUCAGACACUUUCUCCUCCCACCCUGCCUGCCUGUCCGCCUGCGUGCUGCUGCGUGACCCUGGUCACAACUCUGUCCUCUUGCGCCCUCCUGCUGCUGCUGCCACUGCUCUUGACAUCUGCAGUAGCAGCAGGAGCAGCCCCUUGCCUGGGCUCUAGCAGCCUCUGGAGUCUGGAGUCUGGGACUUCUGCCCAGACAGAUGCUCUCUGCUCUGCAGAUGACCUUUGACUGACCUUUGACUCGCUUGACUUUGCUUGACUGGACACGUGCUUGUUUUGCGACUAGGUAUGUGCAUAACUGUUUGAAAGCUGCUGCAUGCAUGCGUAGCGUAGGCCAUGUUUUGACGCAGGAAUGCAGGCUGCAUCCACAGCAGGUAGACACGGCAUCUGGAAGCAGAGGAGGCAGAGGAGUGGAUGGGGCAAUGGCCGUACAUAUCAUCAUGCAGCGCUGCCCCUGCAAGUGCCACCACACCACACCGCACCACACCCACUGUCUCUCAGUAGGUUCCCUGUGCUGACGACGACCUUGCAAGGCACACGGGGCAGCAGACUGGUAGCCUGGUAGCACAUGCCACAGGGAAGCUGUAUAGACUCGUAGCAGCACUUAGUGUAGAAGCUGGUAGGGUGCAGAUAUGUGCUGCAGGUGCAGGGCCACGUAUAGGCAGUUGCUACACAAUGAUAGAGGAUGCUCGCUUGCAGCCCUGCAGUAGAUACAUGCCGUAACACGGUACGGCAGCGGUGGAGAUGUGGGAAUGGCCAUGCAGUUCGGAGUUCAGCCCAUGGGGGAAUCGAGUGGCUCUUGAGCU